GCUUGAAACAGGCCAGUGGUGGGUUAGAAGCUGUAGUCAUGCCGUGCCUACCCUGUUGUUUCCCUACCUGAUUAAACAUUGCCAUUGGAUGUCACCGACUCAACAGGAACAGUGUCGUCUGCAAACAAGUCAGAUCAGCUGUAGUAAAACCUACAUCACCAUAAUUUGUGACGCACGUUGCAAAUGCCAUUUUACGAGUCUUCCACAAUUGCAAAUCAGAAAACGAUUGGCUGAUAGCAGAAUUAUCCACAAAUUGUGCGGAAGAUUUACAUGAUUGACAAACCUCAAAAGAUCAAGAAAUCACGGAGAUGAUGGCAAACAACAAUGCAGCACUAUAGGAUCUUUGGCAUUAACACAUUGGCCCAGGCUUGGUGAUUGUGUCAUCGUUCAUGCCAUGGUAGCCCCACAGUUGCCAUAAAUGAGGCCCAGACUCUAUAGUCAGGACAUGGAGGCAGUACAGCUCUUGGGCCCUAUUUGUAGGGAUGCAAUCAUGCGAGAAGGAAGUCUCCAGUGAUCAGUCCAUGUACUCACCUUGGCAAUUGUUCUUCUUGGCAACCAGAAAGUUCUAGUUCCUGUAAGUCUUGCUGAUGGACAAUCCUGAGACAUCUUCUGAUAAUCCACCUGUUCUCACUAUGGCGGGGGAUUAUGGAAAUCUAGCCAAUUCUCUCUACCCCACAGAAGACGACACGCUAACAGGAGGUACUGAAGAAGAGAUUGGAGGAGAAGACAAGAGUAAUUCCCCUCUCAGAGAGCAAGACAGGUUUCUGCCCAUUGCUAACGUCAGCCGCAUCAUGAAGAAUGGUAUCCCCAAGUCAGGAAAGAUAUCCAAGGAAGCGAAAGAAUGUGUCCAGGAGUGUGUGUCAGAGUUCAUCAGUUUCAUCACAAGCGAAGCAAGUGACAGGUGUCAUCAAGAGAAAAGGAAAACCAUCAAUGGUGAAGAUAUCCUGUAUGCGAUGUCCACCUUGGGGUUUGACAACUAUGUGGAACCACUGAAAUUGUACCUGCAGAAAUACAGAGAUUCAAUGAAAGGAGAGAAGUCGGUGGUUGGCAUGACAACUACAACGAUAAGAACAGACAGCUUAGAAGACCUCCAAGAGCAGUUCGGUAUCACCGGCAAUUUAAUAUCAGGGGAUCAGACUGUCCCGCCUGCGUAUACUACAGCGUACCCCACACAGCUUUCCUUCAGCCUAGAGGGUCACCGGGAAUGAGGCGACAUGUCUAUAUUGACCUCCGACCUUUGACCUGUUGAUACAUCUUGAUGCUUCAUACAUGUACGUCCCACUUUCCUGAUGUCAUCCAACAACACCCCCCAUAUGCAUCAGACACAGAUGUAGAUGAUGUGGUGCAGACAGGUCUAACUUUCAAGGAGUUGAGUAACAAGGCGUAUUCAAACUAGUAUGAAGUAUUGGAAGGCUGAGUCUAGACCAUGUGUUGAGCGUUUACCAAAACACAGUGCACCUGUGUUCUGCACUGCCGGUGUAUCAAUUUAGUCAAUACAUGGGAAUGUGUGGGGUGUAUGACAGGGGUAGCCAGUCCAGUUUCCUGUGACUACAGCUUAGACUUUUGAUCAAAAGAGGAAACGGUGAAUAGCCUUAGCCAGUGUUGGAUACUUAUGCAUGCCUUGGUCUCAUAUGGAGAUGCCGCACCGCGUGUUGCCAACACAGAGUACAACAUAAACCUUUGAAAAUACUUCAAGUUUUCCUGAAGAUGUACAUGUACUCCACAUAUAUAUUUCAGAGCAUGAAAUUACGGUCGGACAUCGGACAUUUUCC